GCGAGGUAGUUGGCACUCUCCGCAGGUGGGGGGUUGGUUUCUGGGCUCCUUUAAGGAGGGGGCGUGGUUUCGGGCUUCUCCCCCCCGCCCCCCCCCCGAGGACGUGGUUUCGGGCUCCUUCCUUCGCCCACUCCCUGCGCGCCAGUUUCUAAGUUUCAUUUCUAGCGGAUGCCGCCCGUUCUACCUCUCGCCUCCUUUCCUGGAAGUCAGGUCUUCCUCUAUGGGCAGAGCGCCCUGGACAUGGGCCCGCGAUGCCAAAAGACGGAGCGGACAGUUCCGGAGGUCCGACCCGCCUGCCCCGGGGGUCCGGAGCCGGUUCCCGGGGUUGUCCUGACCAAGCCCAGCGGGUCUCGGGCCGCACCCCGGGCCCCUCGGCCUCGCUCAGGAAAGUGCGGUCAGCCCGCGCGGUCGCUACCGGCGCAGAAAAGGGCAGCCCGGGAUCCCCUGAAGGAGGAGGAGGGGGAGGACCACCAGGAUUCCUGGAAGGAGGAGGAGAAGGAGGAGGAGAAGGGAGAGGAGGAGGAGGAGGGAGAAGAGGAGGAGGAGGGAGAAGAGGAGGAAGCAGCGGCGGCUGAGGAGGACGAGGACGAGGACGAAGACACCCGGCACCUCCGGGGGGAGCGCCGACCCAGCGCGCCCACAGCCCGUCGUCCCCGGGCGUCCUCACGCGCUACCCCAGCCCGGGCUUCGAGACCCCCGCCCCGGCCCCGGGAGCCCCUCGUUCUCCGCACGAAGGGAGCGGCCCCGGGCGGCUGGCGGCCGGGCGAAGUGCUGGACCGGCUGCGCCUGCGGCGCGAAGAGACUUCGGCGGCGACCCAGCAGGUGAACCCGGUGGUGGAGCGGCUGCUGCAGGCCUUGCAGACCGGCCCGUUUCGCGGGGUGUCGCUGCUGACCGCCGGGAGCUACUACGAGCACGUAAAGAUUUCUGUGCCUAAUGAAUUUGAUGUCAUGUUUAAACUGAAAGUCCCCAGAAUUCAGCUAGAGGAAUAUUCUAACAGCGGUGCCUAUUACUUUGUGAAAUUCAAAAGAAAUCCUCAAGGAAAUCCUCUGAGUCAGUUUGUAGAAGGAAAGUUUUUAUCAGCUUCUAAGAUGCUGUCAGAGUUUAGAAAACUCAUUAAGGAAGAAAUUAAAAACAUCAAAGAUGUCGUUAUGGAGAGGAAAAAAUGUGGGAGCCCUGCUGUAACACUUCUCAUUGGAGAGUCUAAGGAAAUAUCUGUGGAUAUAAUCCUUGCUUUGGAACCACAGGGUAGCUGGCCUGCAAGCACCAGGGAUGGCCUGCCCGUCAAAAAAUGGCUUGGAGGAAAGAUCAGGACUGAACUCAGAAAGCACCCAUUUUAUCUUGUACCCAAGCAUGCAAAAGAAGGACAAAGUUUCCAAGAAGAGACAUGGCGGCUGUCUUUCUCUUACACUGAAAAACACAUUUUGAGCCAUCAUGGAGACUCUAAAAAAUGUUGUGAAGCUGAUGGAGUGAAAUGCUGCAGGAAGGACUGUUUAAAACUAAUGAAAUAUCUUUUGGAACAGCUGAAAGAAAAGUUUAAAAAACAAAAAGAACUGUCUAAAUUCUGCUCUUAUCAUGUGAAAACGUCCUUCUUUCAUUUAUGUUCUGAGUACCCACUGGACAGUCACUGGGACCCCAAAGAUUUAGACCUCUGCUUUGACAACUGUGUAGAAUUCUUUCUUGAGAGACUCAGGAAAGAAGAACUUGAGCAUUAUUUUAUUCCUGGAGUCAAUCUCUUCUCUCAAGAAUACAUUGACACAAAAAGUAAAGAAUUUCUGGCAAAGAAAAUUGAAUAUGAAAGAAACAAUGGAUUUCCAAUUUUUGGUGAAUUUUGAAAUUAUAUUCUAAAAAAGAAUCAAGCAUUAGGAUGACUAUAAUAAUUGAGAUUGUCACAGCAAUUAUGGACUAAAAAGAAUGUAAUUAACUGUUCAAUUUUCAAUUUGUCAUAAUAAACCCUAAUGUAAGGAAUUUCCUGGGGAAAACAAUUAAGGAACAAGAAAGAAAAGGAGGGCUGGGGAUUUAGCUCAGUGGUUCCGCUGCCUGCCUCACAAGUGCAAGGACCUGAGUUCAAUCUCUGGUACCAAAAAACAAAAACAAAAAAAAAGAAAGAAAGAAAAGGAGUAUUUAAAAUCUAAAAACUUUACUGGGCCAGGUGCAGUGAUGCAGGCCUGUAAUCCCAGCUACUGAGGGGCCUGGGACAGAAUCAGCCUAAGGAUUGCUUGAGCCCCAGAGCUUGGGACCAUUCAGGACUACAUAGCAAACCCUGUCUCAAAUAAAAAAUAAUUAUGAAAUAAAAACUUUACCAGAUUUGAAAGGGACAAAAGGAAUAAAAUACAUGUCCUCCCCAGUAAAAUUCAUCAAGCACUUCCUGAACACCAGUCAUAGCCUAGCACAAGUAUGUGGAAGGUUGUGAGAAACAGUUAUUAGAAAUCACUACUGAGGAUGCAAGUGCAUCUUAGUAGUUGAGUACAUGCCUAGCAUGCACAAUGCCCUGGGUUUGAUCCUCUAAACUGAAGAAGAAAAUGAAGAUGAAAAAGAAGAAAGGAAAUGAUAAUUGCUUUCACAAAACUAUACACAUUGUUGAACUUAUAAAUAUAUUUGGAUACAAUGCCCUGUCAUAUACACUAAGACAGGAAAGAAGAAAAUGAAAAUAUAAUUCUACAUUAUGUCUAUAGAGUACUUUAUAACGUGUAGCUAAAUAUAACAUUAUUUUAAAAAUUUAUUUUCAUUUUUAAUAUCACUUUUUAUUUGUAUUUCUGGAAAGGUAAUGGAUGCAUAUGGUAUAAAACUCAGAGAAAGAAGUUUGGAGUAGAAUGUUCCCCUCUCCUUUGUAGUCAAAUAGCAAUCAACCUAGAGGUAACUGAUGUUCACUAACUUCUUCCUGUUCAUAUAUUUUGCACAGUUUCUUUUUUUUUUUUGGUACCGGGGAUCAAACUUGGGACCUUGCACUUGCAAGGCAGGCGCCGGAACCACUGAUCUAAAUCCCUGGCCCAAUCCUUUAAAUUCUUGGUGCUGGGUUUUAUGUCCUAGUGAUGAGUGAACUGACUACUACAGCUCGUUUACCUUUUUCUCAUUGUUUUGUAGUUCUUUAUAAUGUUUUGGAUACUGAUCCUUUGUAGUUUAUGUAACAAAUUCUGUGUUGGUUGUCUUCAUCUUUUUUGGUGUCUUUUAGUAAACUAAGUUUUAAAUUUUUACUGUAA